AUGGCUGGAUACCUUUUGGAUUAUUUACAAACGCCUGCUCCUCAGUAUGUUAUAGGUUGUCUACCUGUUAUAAUAACGAUAGGGGUAGCUCCAGAUAACGGUUGUGUGAGGAGGUUACUAUGGAUACUGCGAUGUCUCGGUUGUCCAUUCACAGGAAUAUUUUAUCAUUGCAAUAUAAUGAAUGAUGAAACGUUAAUGUGUGUCUACUGGCUUUCAUCAGGCCAUUUUAUUGAAGAAAACGGUGAUAGAUCUUCUCGCAGGCCUGUUGGUCAUCAUUCAAUGCUAAUUGUACUCUCUCCGAAGCAAAUUGAAUAUGUAAAUGAAUGUAUAUCAGAAGCUUCUAUACUUGAUAGAUUUUCUUCAAUAUUAUCUGCUUACUACAUCAUUGUUGGCAUAUUUGUAGCAAUGUAUAGAAUGUUGGGCACGUGUACUCCCCAAGAUUGGCCAUAUUUCCCUUUAUCAUUGAGUUGGACAUUACCAGCAAUUUAUAAAAGGGUAUAUGGUGGGAAAAUAAUAGCUAAUGAUCCGAGAAAAAUUUUUUUAAGUACCGAUAACAACGAUAGUAACAAUAUUAUCGAUAAAAUACAUUUAAAAAAAUAUAGUAUAAGUGAUAAAAAACGUUUAGAUACCUAUGUUAUAAUCACCGCCUUGUUUACUAUAAUAAUCCCUUGGACAACUGUAAUAUUGGCUUAUUUUACUCCGCCAAAGGGUUUUGGUUGCCGUAGCAAGUAUCUUACAGUAGUGUGCACAAUAUGGUCGUUUAACAGUAUUUUGGCGUAUUUCUAUCACAAGUUUAAAGGUGAAAAAGACGUUAACGGAGAUAUAAAAAUUCACAGCUGGUUUUGUUUUUGUGGUGUUUUGAUUGCAAUUCUUUUAAUUCUACUCGCUUUACUAUCUCACACGACAUCAUGGUGGGUAACAGCAUUCGGAGAGGCUUGUGAUAUCUCUAAUGUUUGCAACAAACCAGGAGGUAAUUCAUUACCUAUCUGA